GGGUUUACCACAAACAUAUUCAUAAGGCUUGAAGGAAUGGCCACCGCGGCGUCCAAUCCUUAUCUGGCCAGCAAUAGCAUCUUAUCGUCCGGCUCCAUCGUGCACUCGGACUCGGGAGGAGGUGGCAUGCAGCCGGGCAGCGCUGCUGUGACCUCGGGCUCGGGGGGCUACCGAGGCGACCCCUCCAUUAAGAUGGUGCAGAGUGACUUUAUGCAAGGCGCCAUGGCGGCGAGCAACGGGGGGCACAUGCUGAGCCAUGCCCACCAGUGGGUGACCUCGCUCCCGCACGCCGCCGCCGCCGCAGCCGCCGCCGCCGUGGCCGCGGCCGAAGCCGCCUCGCCGUGGUCGUCGAGCCCGGUCGGCAUGAGCGCCAGCCCGCAGCAGCAGGACGUGAAGAACGCCGCCAGGGACGACCUGCACACGGGCACCGCGCUGCACCACCGGGCGCCCCACCUGGCGCACCAGACUCACGCUUGGGGCAGCACCACGGCGGCGCAUAUGAACUCCAUAUCCGGUGGGCAGCAGCAGCAGCAGCAGCAGCAGCAGUCGCUCCUCUACUCCCAGCCGGGGUUCACCGUCAACGGCAUGCUGAGCCCCGGGAGCCAAAGCCUGGUGCACCCGAGCUUGGUGCGCAACGACACGCCGGACCUGGACCACGGCAGCCACCACCACCACCACCACCAGCACCACUCGCACCACCAGCACCACGGCGGCAGCCACGACCCGCACUCGGACGACGACACGCCGACCUCGGACGACCUGGAGCAGUUCGCCAAGCAGUUCAAGCAGCGGCGGAUCAAGCUGGGCUUUACGCAGGCGGACGUGGGCCUGGCGCUGGGCACGCUCUACGGCAACGUCUUCUCCCAGACCACCAUCUGCAGGUUCGAGGCCCUGCAGCUCAGCUUCAAGAACAUGUGCAAGCUGAAGCCGCUGCUGAACAAGUGGCUGGAGGAGGCCGACUCGACCACCGGCAGCCCCACCAGCAUCGACAAGAUCGCCGCGCAGGGCCGCAAGCGCAAAAAGCGCACGUCCAUCGAGGUGAGCGUCAAGGGCGCGCUGGAGAGCCACUUUCUCAAGUGUCCCAAGCCCUCCGCGCAGGAGAUCAGCGGCCUGGCGGACAACCUGCAGCUGGAGAAGGAGGUGGUCCGGGUGUGGUUUUGCAAUAGGAGGCAGAAGGAGAAGCGGAUGACGCCGCCAGGAGUGGCGCAGACGCCGGAGGAUGUGUACUCUCAGGUCGGCAAUGGGCAUUUUUUAGUAGAUUACUUAAAAGAUGCGAGUGAGGCGAGCGACCAGAGGGUGACAACCACAAGUUCAUUCCACCAGGUAAUUUUGGCGCAUUGAGAAACACACCAAGAGACCCCCCCAGCACCAUCAAGUGUUAUUAUUAUUAUUAUUAUUAUUAUUACUAUUAUUAUUAUUAUCAUUACUGCCAUGCCCCUCUCUCUCCUCCCCUGCAAAACAACCGUGUUUGUGUUUGAUUGACACAAAGGGCCCAGCUUUUUUUCUCUCCUUUUUUUAAUGCAUUUAACAAACAGAAUGCAAAUCCACAACGCUUCCUUUUUGGUUUUCUCACCCACAAGCGAAGGAUCAGGGAUUUUUUUUUUUCUUCUCUCCAAAAAACAAACAAAAAGACUGAAAAAUACCCUUUCAGAUCUCAAAGAUCUCACCCCACCCAACCCCCAUGGCUUUUAUUUUUGUAUUAUUUAACGGACGUCGUGGUGGAUUCUUCUUCUCCAAUUUUUUGGGGGGGUUAUUCCAACAAAAGACAUUUUGGAAGAAAAAAAAAGACUUCAUGAAGCUGCACUUAUUUGCGAAAGGGAAAGAAAACAAAAACGUGUGUUGCCAGGUGUGACUGAGUAUGGACGUACUAUUAAUAAUAAUAAUAAUAAUAAUAAUAAUAAUAAUGCUGCCCUUUCUACGCAGUGUUCUUUGCUAGGUUUUAAUAAACACGACUCUGUAAAAAAAAAAAAAAAAAAAAAAAAAAAAAAAAAAAUCGGCAAUAUAGAUCACUAGAUCCGAAUUAUUGUCUUUAUAUUUUUCAUCAGAAUGAUUUCUUUGAAUAUUUUAUGUGGAAUAGAUUAUUCCAAACGGUAAUUUAUUUGUCUCCCCCCCACUGCGCCCCCCCUGCCUCCCCCCUGCCCAUGGAUUUGUGUAAAAAUGAUUUUCUCUUUUCUUAUUUGUCCAUCUUUAUUUUUUUAUAUUCUGAAGGAGCACAAAUCAUCACAAGCUGACCGUUGUUAGGGUAUAUAUUUUUGAUGUGAUCAUUUGAUUGUAAUUUAAUUUUCAGUAGUGGUUACCGUACGAGCUGAUUGAGACACAAUAAAUUUGUUAGAAUGAAAAGCAGUUAAAUGUUGUGUGUUAAAUUGUCUUUUUUACUUUAUUUUUUGCAACCGACUUAAACAAAAAAAAAAAUCCACUUUUUUAUUUAUUUAGAUCUACUGGUGUAAAAUAUUAUCAUGCAGGCCCAAUAAUAUCCACAACGUGUAUUUUUAUUUUAUUUAAUUUUUUACACUAAUAUUAUGCUUGCAAUAUUAAUGCAUAAUAUUAUUCUGUACAGGCUUAAUUAUCAGCAUGAAAAUUAUAGAAAUAUUUAUUAUAUUAUAACCUAAAUUUGGGAUAUUAAAUAUGUAAAUAUGUCACAUAAAUUAGCAGCUGCACUGCUCCCCAUGCAACAUAUUUUUGGAUGAUUAUUAUAUUCACCCAAACUUGUUUUUGAACUCCCAGAACGUGUCCUGCCAUCGGGGUUGCACGGUUUGAAUUUCGCGGAUGAUUCCCCCCUCACCCCCCCCGCACUAGUUGCCUAGCAACCGAAUUCAAUGAUCACAUCGAGAACGUGCAUUUCUCCCUUUGUCUAUCCGCGUUACCGGAUGUGGUGCACAUGCGCACAAGUCACGAUACAACUUUUUUUUUUUUUUUUUUUAAAUCACAAACUGUUUUAUUUUGUUUUGUUUUAAUCGAACUGAGAUGAAUGUUGCUUUUUUUUUUUUUUUUUUUUUUUUUUUUUUUUGUUCGAUCCCUGCACCUGCAAAAAAUAGUGCACGUGCAAAUAAGUACGUUCUUGCGUGACGUGUGCACACAUAUCCCAAUCUGGGACACAAAAAAAAGCAAGCUUCAAAUCUCAUAAUGGGUUUUGAUCCGCCUAUUCUGCAACAAGCUUUGGCUUUUUUUUCAUGGCUCUCUUCUCUUCUCUUGGCAGGGGUGUGUGCGGGGCCCUGGGAGCCCACCCCCCCAAAAAAAAUAUCGAAGCAUGAGCUUGUUGUCACACCACUCCUUAAAAACAUUUAUUUUUUUUAUUUUUAUUUUUUUUUUGCUUGUAUUUUAAAAUGUUUCCAUAUUCUUGCAAAAUGGUAAUAAUCCCUUAUUCACAUUUUAAACCAACACAUCUAAAAAUGUCACUGGUAUUUCCAAGGUUGUUUUUUUUUUUCUAAUGCAUGUUGCAUUAAAUUAUUAAUUGGUAAUAUAGUUUAGAAUAUUUAGAUUACUUCAAACACAAUAAAAAAAAAAGUUGCAAUUUAACAUGUCCAAAAAGCAGAGUUUAUUUUGCACGCUCAGCAAUUACAGAUGUGCAAUUUAUGUAGGCCAUCAUUUAUUAUUAUUAUUUUAAAAAAUUAAGAAAUAUUUGCAAAUAAAAAAGAAACAUACAUCGUCUAGUUUUGGUUUGUCCAAAUUGCUUGUUUGAUUGGAAAAAAAGAAAAAAGAAAAAAAGAAAACAUAACAAUUGAAACAAGUAAUUGAGUAAUAUUGACCAAAACCUGGUGUUGUAUUAGUACAAUAUGUAUUAAAGUUAUUUUUUCCGUUUUUUUUCUAAUGCAUGUUGCAUAAAAUUAUUAAUUGGUAAUAUAGUUUAGAAUAUUUAGAUUACUUUGAACACAAUAAUAAUUUUAAAAAAAAGUAGCAAUUUAACAUGUCCAAAAAGCAGAGCUUAGUAUGCAUGCUCAGCAAUUACAGAUGUGCAAUUUAUGUAGGCCAUCAUUUAUUAUUAUUAUUUUUUAAAUAAUAAUAAUUAUUAGCAAAAAAAAAGAAAGAUACAUCGUGUAGUUUUGGUUUGUCCAAAUAGCUUGUUUAAUUGGGAAGCAAAUAAAAAAAUAAAAAAUAAAAAAAAGGAAACACAUAACAAUUGAAACAAGUAAUUGAGUAAUAUUGACCAGAUCCUGGUGUUUUAAUAGUACAAUAUGUAUUAAAGUUAUUUUUUCCGUUUUUUUUCUAAUGCGUGUUGCAUUAAAUUAUUAAUUGGUAAUAUAGUUUAGAAUAUUUAGAUAACUUCGAACACAAUAAAAAAAAAAUGUCCAAAAAGCAGAGCUUAUUAUGCAUGCUCAGCAAUUACAGAUGUGCAAUUUAAGUAGGCCAUCAUUU